AUGGACGAGGCUGACCGGCGGGUCCUGCGGCAGUCCCGGGUGCGGCUGGUCGGCGAGCUGCAGGUGGCCGCGCUCUGGGACGCUCUGUUGAAUCGCGAGCUCUUCACCCCCGGCAUGAUCGAGGAUAUCCAGCGGGCAGGCUCUGGGUCUCGGCGAGAUCAGGCCAGGCAGCUGAUCAUAGAUCUAGAGACCCGAGGGAGUCGGGCCCUUCCGUUGUUCAUCUCCUGCUUAGAGGACACAGGCCAGGACACUCUGGCUUCGUUACUGAGAACCAGUAGACAAGCAGCAAAGCAGGAUCCAGAGGCCAUCAGACCCCUGAACCUCAAGCCUGUGGUGAUCGGACCAGUGAGCCUCAAACCAAAGGAGCUGAGAGGGGCGAAGCAGGAUCCAUCGAAGCCGAGCCAAGGAAAACUCGCUCCAGUGGUGCUGGGGCCUGAGGAGCUCUGGCCAGCCAAGCUCAGGCCCGAGGUUCUCAGACCAGAGGCACCCAGGCCAGUGGACAUUGGUUCUGGAGGAUUCAGUGAAAUCCGUGCUCAGGACAGAGCCAAGGGAAAUGCCGACUUGGCAUAUGUCCUGAAUGCAGAUCCCUGUGGACACUGCCUCAUUAUCAACAAUGUGAACUUCUGCCGCGAGUCGGGGCUCGGGACCCGCACGGGCUCCAGUAUUGACUGUGAGAGGAUGCAGCAACGCUUCCACUUGCUGCAUUUCGUGGUGGAGGUGAAGUGUAACCUGACUGCCAAGCAAAUGGUCCAGGCUUUGGUGGAGCUGGCGCAGCGGGACCACAGUGCUCUGGACUGCUGCGUGGUGGUCAUCCUCUCUCAUGGCUGUCAGGCUAGCCACCUCCAGUUCCCGGGUGCUGUUUAUGGCAUGGAUGGCGAUCCCGUGUCUGUCGAGAGGAUUGUGAGCCUCUUCAAUGGAACUGGCUGCCCCAGCUUGGGAGGGAAGCCCAAGCUCUUCUUCAUCCAGGCCUGUGGCGGAGAGCUGAAAGACCAGGGGUUUGAGGUGGCCUCCACUUCCCCUGAAGACAGGACCCCUGACAGCGACCCUGAGCCAGAUGCUACCCCGUUCCAGGAAGGCGCAGUCACCGUCGACCAGCCGGAUGCUGUGUCUAGUUUGCCCACACCUAGCGAUAUCUUGGUGUCCUACUCCACCUUCCCAGGUUUUGUCUCCUGGAGGGAUACCAAGAGUGGCUCCUGGUACAUCGAGACCCUGGACAGCAUUUUUGAGCAGUGGGCUCACUGCGAGGACCUUCAGACACUCUUGCUCAGGGUUGCUAAUGCUGUUUCAGUGAAAGGAGUUUACAAACAGAUUCCUGGCUGUUUUAAUUUCCUCCGGAAAAAACUUUUCUUUAAAACGUAA